AUGAAUGGUACGAAUGAGUUAUUUCCUACCACUCGUGUCAGCCCUUGGCGCAACAAAUGUCAGAAUUGCGAGCACGCGGUGUUAAUGUCUCCAUUAGUACCGACUCUUGGCGCGACAGAUCUCGAAACGAAUGGUGCUAUUGGGCGCAUUGACGCCACCUAUUCCUCUGGUUGCGCGACUAAUCUUGGAACUGAUGUUCUCUCUCUCUCUCUAUCCUCACACUAUCGAUUCUCUCUCUCUCUCUAUCCUCACACUACCAUCGGCUCUCUCUCCCUUUGUUCGGCUGAGGGCGGCGCCGCCUCCGGCGCGCCGCCUCGCCGUCGCCUCCGCUCUCUCUCUCACUGCUCAUCAUCUCUCUCUCUCGCUCGAUUCCGGCCGCCUCUUCUCCCUCCAAGAUCUGCCGCCGCCGCCUGCUCUAACCUCGGCGAGAAUCGCCGGCUCCGACGCCUUCCUCACUCAUCGCCUCCUCCUUCUCACCUCAACCUCUAUCUCUCUCGCUCUCUCGGCCGCUGGACCCAGGCGCAGCAGACACCACCACCGCGGUGUGCCGCCAUCGCCGGGCCGCCGCCUGCUCCCUCAUCCUCGCGGCAGAUCCGCCGCCGCCGUUCAACGCCACGGCCGCCUGGAGCUGCUGCUGUUCGCCUGAGGUCGACGGAUCUGGCCUUCAGUCGUUCGUCUCGCUCGGAGUUCCCGCUGCCGUUGGCUUGCCCGGAGUCGCCGCCGACUGCAGCUGCUUCGCCGGAGUCGCGGCCUGGAGUUGCUGCAGGCUCGUCCGGUGGUCAGUGGCUCGCUGGAGGAGCGCCGCCGCCGGCCGCUGCUGUUGGCAGCAAGAGCCCGGCAGCCACCUCUCCCGGAGCCGCCGUCGCCGUGAGUCGCAGAGCUCCGACAAUCCACCAUCCUUUCUCUCUCGUUUUAUCACUCACGAUAGAGAAUGAUGAAAACGUUUAAGUGUGGAAUGGGUAUGAGAUGAGGAUUAAUAGCUGCUGAAAUCUGAAACCAAAUGAAGGUGUUCGGGUGUGAAAAUUUUGCAAAUAUGCUGCUGGAGCUGGAGUCAAAGAAGAAUAUUACACAGGCGUGGAGCUGGAGUAAAAAAAAAUGUCCAGAAUAGAUGGCUGAGCAUGCGCUUAAGGGAUAGCUGCAGAUUUCUUUCACACACAUACACUAUUCUUUUUUUUUUUUAAGUGUUGGUAGAUAGAUAG